AUGUUUCUGAGACCAAGGUGCUUCUUUCGUACGGCGAAAGUCACGCCGGUUCGAUUUGUCGCAUACAAGGCUAUCGAUAAAGAUGUGAUUGCCAGGUAUAAAGAGAAACUUGAUCGGAAGGCUCGGGAACUGGGUGCGGCGGACGCAGAACAAUUGAAAGAGAAAUUGAAGGACGAGAUAGAGAAGAAAAAGCUUGAGAUGAACAAGAUAGACCCAUUGAAAGAGCUAGAAGCGUUUGAGAAAACACAGCAAAAAACAGUGCGAAAUAAGGCCAAGGAAAGGUCUCCUAUAGACCCAUCAACUCCAAAAGAUCCGUAUAAGACUUUGAACUCAUACCUUGAUCUGAAGAAGAUCAAGGGUCUUAAGGCCGACGAGAUUGAGUUCCUUUGGAGACUGAGAUUCCAAAAAGGGGAAAAUACCCUGAGUGCUGUUGUUCCAACCAACACGUUCGAGAGACUUCAUAAGAAUGCCAUCAAGAAUCCAACAUUUGUCCUUCCAUUGCCCCGCGAAGAUGCCCAGGUCGAAGGAGAAGGUAAGGGUGAUCCGGUUGAGAUUCAUUUCGUACAAUGGAAUUUUGUGGGACCCAAUACCACACAUGUCCUGAUUACGUCUCUUGCAGAAUACAAACUACACAAGGAAUACGCCAGACCUCACACAACAGUGAUGUUCCACCAAGAACUAAAAGAGGACAAGGGAAUCGUUAUGAUGAAUGGACAAGUUGAGAAAGACUCACCUGUGACUUUACAAGAAGCUCAACUACUCUUGCUAAAUGUUCAGAGAUUCUAUGGUGGGCUCGCCAAGACGACUUCCGAAAGCAGCCAGAAGAGAUUGGAAUUGCUGAGAAAAUUCAAUUCCGGAGAUCCUGCAUUCAGCAUGGGAGAACUGAUAGAGCUAGCCCAAAGUAUGGAAAACUAA